ACCCGACGUCAGACCGGGGACUCCUCAGUCCCCGGGGGCUUGUGGGCGCGGCUCUUCCAGCUGCCCCAGAUUCCCGGCCGCCCGGCCCCGCCUUCGCGGCUCGAGGGGAAGCGCCGGCCGCGUGUGCAGCCGCGGGGUUGAGGCCCCGCUGGACUGGGGGGCGCGGGCAGCGCGGAGCUCCUGGCCCCAAGGGUCGCGCUUCCCGGCCAGGGGCGGCGGCGGCGGGAGAGGCGGCUCCUUCACGCAGCUCGACAGCCCGGCGCCUCCGCCAGGCUCGGGGCCCGGGACGGGCGGGGGGAGCGGCCUCCCGGUAACGCCGCGUCCUCGCCCCCUAGACCCCGAGCCCCGCGGAGCUGCCCGCCCGGCCCCCGGGCGCCCCCGGCCGCCGGCACCAUGAGCACCUUCGUCUUCAACGAGCUGGGCGGCGCCGUGCUCUUCGAGGACCGCGGCGCUGCGGAGCGGGAGCGGGGCGGCGGCAGAGCCUACGGCGCCGUCCUGGACGGGCCCCUCGCCCGCUCCGAGGUGGCCCUGCCCGACGGCCCGGCCCUCAAGGACAACCUCGGCCUGCGGCACCGGAGGACCGGGGCCCGGCAGAACGGAGGGAAGGUGAGGCACAAGCGACAGGCUCUGCAGGACAUGGCGCGGCCCCUCAAACAGUGGCUAUACAAGCACCGCGACAACCCGUACCCCACCAAGACAGAGAAGAUACUCCUGGCCCUUGGCUCGCAGAUGACGCUGGUGCAGGUGUCAAAUUGGUUUGCUAAUGCAAGACGUCGGCUUAAGAAUACUGUUCGACAACCAGAUCUAAGCUGGGCUUUAAGAAUAAAGUUGUACAACAAGUAUGUUCAAGGGAAUGCUGAGCGACUUAGUGUGAGCAGUGAUGAUUCCUGUUCUGAAGAUGGAGAAAAUCCUCCAAGAAACCACAUGAAUGAAGAGAGCUAUAGUAACCCCGCUCACCACCCUAUGAUCAAGAGUGAGAGUUCAGUUAUAAAAGCCGGGGUGAGGCCAGAAUCACGGGCCAGCGAGGACUACGUCUCACCCCCGAAAUACAAGAGCAGCUUAUUGAACCGCUACCUUAAUGACUCUUUGAGACAUGUCAUGGCCACGAACACUGCCAUGAUGGGAAAGACAAGGCAACGAAGCCAUUCGGGAUCUUUUAGUUCCAAUGAAUUUGAAGAAGAACUGGUAUCUCCCUCGUCAUCAGAAACCGAAGGCAACUUUGUCUAUCGCACGGACACUCUGGAAAAUGGAUCCAGUAAAGGUGACAGUGCAGCUAAUAGAAAGGGACCAAGCAAGGAUGACACAUACUGGAAGGAGAUUAAUGCAGCCAUGGCCUUGACAAAUCUUGCACAAGGAAAAGAUCAGCUACAGGGAACUACCAGCUGCAUCAUCCAGAAGUCAUCUCACAUAGCAGAAGUUAAGACGGUCAAGGUGCCACUGGCUCAGCAGCUUUAAAGAGCGCGUCACCCUUCAGAUCAAUGACUGUUCUUCACGUCUGUUUAAUUCAGAAACCCUCAUCUUCAGAGCCAAAGCUGAAGUGAAAAGGACUCCCUUUCAAACCUCUCCUGGUUUUUCAUUAUCCUAAAUAGAUCAUUUAGUUGCUUCUAUAAAAGACAUAUAAAUUAUAUAAAAAACUUCACUUUAAUCAAAAACAUAUUAACUUAUUUUAUGUUACUCAAACUAUGCAUAAAAUGUCUGCAUUGCCAAGCCAGUAAGUGCCUUACUUCCCAAGACUAAGCUACAACGUGGGCAGAGUACUACAGCUGUGCCUCAAAAUGACAGCGCCAUAACGCUUACUAGUCUGUGUGUGUCAUUCCAGACAGACCUCUCUCCCUUCCAGGACAGAACCCAUAAUUGCCGAAAGCCCUUGAAAUGUAGUCAGUAAUUCCCAUUUAGGAACUUGAAAAUCCAUUCAGCCCAAAUGAAAUGCUUCUUUACAAAGCACGAGCGUGCGCACACGCACACACAACUGUGUAAUGUUAGAAAUGAUUCAGUUUGCUUUACAGAGCGACAGGAUUUGAUUCAUGUGUCCCGCUUGCAUAUCGGACAUGACAUAAGCUUCAGAAAUGCAAAGUGGGGCGUUCACCCAGCGUGCACCUCUAUGAAGAAUUGCAGUGAACACUGUCAUCAAAAAACCUUUUUCCAGGAGCCACUGGGAAAGCGCCUUUGGAAUUCAUUUGGAUUUUCUGCUUCUCAAGUUUUUCAGAAGUUAAAAAAAAAAUUAUAUAAUAACUCAAAAUUUUCCUGUGUAGAACUAUACCUAUACCUACAGUUUAAUUUUAAAACAUAAUCCUGUUUGCAUUCCAGUGCAGUGUUUUUAGAGUUGUGGUUUUUUUUUUUUUUUUUCCUUUUUUCUUUUUUUUUUUUUUUUCU